AUGAUAAGACGAGGAAGGAACGUGGCUACAGCUAUAAGCCCCCUUUUCAGCACGAGUAGGAAGGUCCAAACGUCCGUGGGGAGGACCCCCGGGAAGAAGCACUCGCCGGACCAUUACGAUGGUUUGAGCUACCGUCACCAUGGCUUGAGCUGCCUAAACGAUGACUGGAGCUACCAUCAGGACGACCUAAGCUUCCUAAACGAUGACAUCAAACACAAUCUGUUCAGGCUAAAAUGUAUCGAGCAGAAAAAAAUAAAAACGGACCGCAUUGUGUAUAAAAAAAUAUUAAAGGACCUUUUGAAAAAAAAGGACAGCUUCGUGGCCAGCGACAUGGUAGAGUUCUUCUACAUACUUAUCUUUAAUGAUUUGUACCACCUGGACAUAUGCUCCAAUUUUUUUCUUCAUUUUUAUCAGCGGUGUGUGUACUCCAGGAGGUACCUGGAGGGCGUGCACGUGAAUAGUGUCGUCCACCUGAUCUUCGCGUUUUACGUGUUUGAAGGGUAUGGCUUUUUUUCGGGAGCAGCCAAUCGGGGCGUCCCGAAUUUGGGGGGCGUCACUCCAGGAGUCAAUUCGGGAGCCAAUUCGGGAGCCAGUUCGGGAGCCAGUUCGGGGGCCACUUCGGAAGCCAACACAGAUGCCUCUACCAAACGGUACCGCGAGUACCACCGUAACGAAGCGCACAUGAGCUUCCAUCUUUACACCCACCUCGCACCAUAUAUUCACACAAACAAGGAGCACAUAAACAAAAGUCAUCUGAUAAAGAUGUUGCUAGUCCUUUCUCAGUUCACGUCCAACUGGGCCGCCACGGCAUUAAUGCCAACUGCAGACACGGAAGCGGCAGAACAGAGAAGCGCCAUGAAACACGUGGGGAUAAAUUUAUUCCCCCUCAUCGAAUCCUUCGCAGAAAAAAUUGACAUAGCGAAAGAUAUAAAAAAGGUCUACUCACCAGAAGUGAUAAAUGAAAAAGAAAUGAAAAAAAAAAAAGGAAGAUACUUACACAUGAUUGAUAACUCGAGUAAAAAUUUUAUCUACAUUGACAACGAAUCAAAUGACAACAAAUUGAUAUGUCUCUUUUUUUUCAUCUUGUCAAAGUUGUUUUUUCCCGUUUGUUCGAACUUUCUGUUACACACGGAAGGCACUGUGGAAGGGAGUCCCCCUACGGGUGAACAGUCCCCUAAGCAGCCCUCCCAAGAGGAAACGCUCAUGUGUGAAAAAAAAAGCGGCGAUAGUACGAUGGAAGAAGAUACUCUUUUUUGCACAGAUGGGAAGACAACCCACAGGAGUUGCGAAAAAUUAAAAUUUACUCUCGUGGACAUGUUUAUGAGCCAUUACAGGCAAGUCGAAAUGCGCAAUCAUGUUUUUUAUCGAAACGUGGACACACAGAGGAGCGGCGUGGAAAACUACGAAACGUAUAAGAACAAUAUUUUGAGGGCCAUGCGGAAAUAUGUCUUCCUUGAUGAUAUUUACAGCUUGGGGGUGUACUACAAGAUGGUGUUUUUCAAGGCCAUUUACUCGCUUCAUUUUUUUCAGUUCUCGUUCUUGCGCCACUUGUACGAGAUUCACUCGUACGCGAUCAGCAGCGACGUGGACCAUUUGGACUACAGCGAGCGGUUGCAUUUUAGCGGCGAGUACAGCGACGAGGUGGACGGGGAGAUGGCCGAGCUGGACCGGGAGAGGGCCAAACCGCGUCACCCAGAAAAAACGUGCGCGCAGAAGCACCCCCAAAAGAGAUGCGACGAACGGGCAAAAAACAAAAUCGUGGAGCUCGCAAAAAGAGGGGACGUUUUCAACAAUGCGUACGUAAACCUACUGAACAAUAUUGAAAGCGACAUAAGAAAUUGCUCCCCAGAGGAAGCAUUAAACACACUGCUGCAAUUGCACCUGCUAAGAUCUCUAGACAACCACUUCGUGCUACCACUCAUUUCGAAGCUCUGCAACAGCACUGACAAGCUCCGAAAUGAACACAAAAAAAAAAUGAACGUAAUUAUCCUAUCUCUGCUAUCUUUCCUUUCGCCCCAUAUUGCUUCCAUCGAGUCAAUCCAAAAAGGGCCGCUUCGCGACGUGAACGUAUUUAAUCACGCGUACUGCAACAAUGAUGUUUAUGUGGGCCACCUGCAGAGGCUGCGAGACUUUGUGCAACUCCUACAUAAUAAACAGAUUUUUAAGAGGAAGAGGAAGGAGUUGCUCUCUUGGUCAAACUACAAGUGUGUGUAG